AUGACUAGAUCGACAAAGGAGUUGUCUAAUCCAUUCAUUGGACCACGAUCAGACAGUUUCCUCAACUUUCCAGAGUUUCCCACAUGGACCAUUGCCGCCACACAUCACCGCAUAAAGAAGAGAAGUGCAGCUGCGAAGCCAAACAGUCGAAGGACUUCCACCAACUCCUCAAUCAACACAACAUCCAUCCCAGCAGCACCAGUCACCCCAUCAUCAUCCUCCUCAACAUCACAUCACGAACCAAACCGAAAGAAUAUAUUCAACUUUACAAGAUUGGAACAACAACAACAACAAGCGACCCAGCAACAGAGUAUAUUCAACUUUACCCCUUCUACCGCCGCCGCCACUGCCACACCAUGCUGGAGCACCAACCAGCAACAACAGCAAUGCAAACCCCCAGCCAAUAGCAUGUUUGAAUGGUCCAUUGACACGCUCGCCACUGUACUCCCUGUAAAUAUAACGAUCGAUGACGAUGCCGAGGACUUUGACGACGACUCCUUCUAUCUGGACACCAGCCACGAUGACUCUACAAACCUAUUCCUCCAACGCUGGAAGCAAGACGACGAGUUCAAGUCCAACCAGUUCUUUGAGAAGGCUUCAAUCUUUGAGGGAUCAGUCUGCCAGAAAAGGAAGCAUGAUAGUUCGGUCAAUGGAAGUUCAAGUAUGUCCUUUGAUGGAUUCUCCUCGUAUGACUCUGACUAUGACUCGGGCAUCUCCACUAUAUUGGAAGAGGACUCACCGGACAACUGCUCAUCACUCACCAGUCUAAUGUCUGCCAACACAUUGAAUGGCAGCAAUAACACCACCAACAAUAGUAGUAGAUGUCGCAUGUCAAUAUCUUCAUCAUUAUCAUCAUCAUCUAGACCACAACCAUAUAUCAACAACAACUACAACAAUAUGACCAACAACACCACCUUUGAUCUUGAGGAUCACCUCUUCCUCACACCGAUUGUACCAAACAAGCGCAUCACACAUUAUGGCUCUACCUCUACUUCAUCAUCUGCAUCGUCCAGCGUCACGAGUUCACCUUGUUUGACACCGGCAUCAUGCACCGAGACACCCAUUACCAAGGCCUUCAAGUAUAGACCACCCGUGCCAGUGUUCCCUUACAACUUGCCAGAGAUAUCUCCAAUCAAAUGCAAGCAAGCGCCAGAGUCCCGAUGCAUGGAGUCGCCACCCACCUCUCCAAUGAAGUGCUGGAACUCGCCCAAUAUAUAG